GGCGGGAAAAGGAGGCGGGCGGGCGGAGCGGCUGUGGGCGCUGGUUAUCGGCGUUCUCGGAGCAGCCUCUUCCCAGUCAUGGGGCUGCUGGAGCUAUGCGAGCAGGUGUUCGGCACCGCCGACCUCUACCAGGUGCUGGGCGUGCGGCGCGAGGCUUCCGAGGGUGAGGUCCGACGCGGCUACCACAAGGUGUCUCUGCAAGUGCACCCCGACCGUGUAGACGAGGACCAGAAAGAGGACGCCACCCGCCGCUUCCAGAUCUUGGGGAGAGUCUAUGCGGUUCUGAGUGACAAGGAGCAGAGAGCAGUGUACGAUGAACAGGGAACAGUGGACGAGGAAUCUGCUGGCCUCGACCAAGACCGGGACUGGGACGCGUAUUGGAGGUUACUCUUUAAAAAGAUAUCGCUAGAGGACAUUCAAGCUUUUGAAAAUACAUACAAAGGCUCUGAAGAAGAGCUAGCUGAUGUUAAGCAGGCCUACCUAGACUUCAAGGGCGACAUGGAUCAGAUUAUGGAGUCUGUGCUUUGCGUGCAAUACACAGACGAACCCAGGAUAAGAAACAUCAUUCAACAAGCCAUUGAUGCCAAAGAGGUCCCAUCCUACAAUGCCUUCGUCAAAGAGUCCAAACAAAAGAUGAAUGCAAGGAAAAGGAGGGCUCAGAAAGAGGCUAAAGAGGCCGAGUUGAGCAGAAAGGAGCUGGGGCUGCAGGAAGGAGUGAAUAACCUGAAAGCACUCAUCCAGAGCAGACAAAAGGAUCGGCAAAAGGAAAUGGACAAUUUUCUGGCUCAGAUGGAAGCAAAAUACUGCAAACCUUCCAAAGGGAAAAGAACGGCUCCCAAGAAGGAAAAGAAAUAGAGUUUGUUCUGCUUCAAAUUCGUGGAUUACUUAAGCCAGACAGGAUUCAUCAGUUUGAUCUUAUGUCUCCUAGAAUUCACCUGACCUUGUGCAAGGGCUUCUUCACAUGCAGGAUGUAGUUGUGAUGGUUGGGAGGGUGGAUUGACUACAUUUGCUUCCAUGGGCCAUCUGAUAUGCAUGCUCCUAAAAGACACUCUACCUACGGAAAACACCCUCGCAACACUUGUUCAACAUCUGUCUUAAUAAUCCUCGGAGAUUCUCUUUUCCUGUUCUACUGUUAUGUUUUGUCUUCUGUCCUUGUGGUAGGAGAAGUGGGUGUUCAUAUUACUGCAGACUUUUUUUUUGUAAGAUUGUAUAUGGCUAAAUAAAGAGAAACUUAAAAGGUC